AACCGCCAUGCGCAGGUUCGAGUUCAGGUACCGGCUGGCCAGCAGCGCCAGCACCUCCCCCAGGUCCGCCUCCAUUAUUGUCACGGUCAGACCUUGAGGAAGGUGCGACAGGAAGGGAAACCGACUCUUCGUCGACGGACCCACCACCACCUCCUCCGGCCAACACUGCUUCACGCAACUUAGCGCCACCGGCAACCGCUCCGGGUCACCGCCCACCGCCUGGAACAAGUGCUUCGUCACCGCUCCCGAGAGGAACAGUAACUCGCCACUGUAGUGCUG